AUGCGAGAAUUCCGUGUCCUGACAGUUAUCAAUGGACUCGAGAUGGAAAUUUAUGAGGAAGAGGAGACUUAUGAGGAGAUGCAUGGCCAAAUGGUGCAAGUUCAGGAAGUAAGAAGUCUUUCCUUGAACUCAUUCUUGGGAAAGCACUCACCAAAAACACAGAAACUUUAUGGAAAGAUUCGAAAGUCCAGUGUGAUUGUGAUGUUGGACAGUGGCGCGUCACACAACUUUAUCUCUCCGGAGAUAGUGAAGCGCCUAAAAUUGAAAUCCAGUUGUGAUAGCAACCUCGACAUUCUGCUGGGCAAUGGACUUACGGUUCAAGGAGACGGAGUCUGUCGUAAUGUCACGUUCAAUCUCGCAGAUGUUGACUUUAAAACGGAUUUCAUAGCAUUAGAACUGGGAGCAGUGGAUGUCAUUUUAGGUGUGCAAUGGCUUGAAACGCUUGGGAAAUGUGAAGUAGAUUGGAAGAAGCAGGAGCUAUCAUUUGUUCACAACAAUAAAAAAGUGACUUUGAUUGGCGACCCUUCUCUACAUUCUCCUAAGCUAUCGUUCAAAGCUAUGAGCAUCUUACCGACUAACACCAAGGGAAGAGAAGCACCUCUGGUGCUUAGUGGUUUGACACCCACCAGUCUUCAAGAAGUUCCGGGACCCGUUACCAAACUACUGGAUCAGUUUAACGAAGUAUUUGCAGAUCCGAGAGGUUUACCACCGUUUAGAGGGCAGGAACACGCUAUUAAUCUAGCUCCGGGAGUUACAAGUAUAUCAGUGCGCCCCUAUCGGUAUCCUCAUGCCACAAAAGUAGUUAUGGAGAAAAUGGUAACAGAAAUGCUGGAAUCUGGAAUCAUCAGAGAGAGCUCAAGCCCCUUCUCGAGCCCUGUUUUGUUGGUGCCAAAGAAAGACAAUGCGUGGAGGUUUUGCAUUGAUUAUCGCGCACUUAACAGAGCCACGAUUCCUGACAAAUUUCCGAUUCCGGUUAUUGACCAGUUGCUCGAUGAAUUGCACGGAGCAACUAUCUUUUCCAAGCUCGACUUAAGGUCAGGCUACCACCAAAUUCGAAUGUUGGAACAAGAUAUACACAAGACUGCCUUCAGGACGUUGGAAGGACAUUAUGAGUUCUUAGUCAUGCCCUUUGGCCUAACCAACGCGCCAGCAACGUUUCAAUGA